AUACUUUGUGCGAAAGGGUAAGAUAGCAACAUUUCUAGCUUUUAUUUCUAGGUUUUAAAACAUAUAUGUUUCUGCUUAUUUCCAUACAAAUUACAAGAGGAAAAUUGCUAUGUAAAUUUCGAAGUGUGUAAAUAACUCGCUAACUUAGUCCGACGGCGGCUGCGAAUAAAUUUUACAUAAAAGUUUUUUAAAAGUUUUUAAAUUGGACGAAUAGAUUUCGGGGGAAUUUGGGAAGCCAUUUGAGUGCUUGAGGACAUUUUUUAGUGGUUCUAAAACGCUUUCGGAAACGGUUUGAGAGGUUUUUCCCCUGUAGAUCCCACGAUUUACCCCUGUAGAUCCCACGAUUUUAGUGGAAUAUUUUUAUUCGCUUCAUUGCGUUUUUAUAGAUUAUUCUUCAGCUUGCCGUCUGUAAUUAAAGUAUCGUUAGACUUGAUAGAUAGCUUUGUCAAAAGCUUUUUUUUGUUUAAAAGAUUGUAUUUUCUAUAUAUGUAUUUUCUGCGGCUUAUACUCUGGUGGGCAACUGAAGUCUACUGUACUUGUUCAGUGUUCACACAGCGGAUCGUACAAAUUUAAGCAUUAUUUUGAAGUGUGAACGGAUAAUUAAAAGAACUGAAUAGUUGCAAUUAUAAAUAACACGAACGAAUAUACUGAAUUAUUAGCAACAUUUUUUCGUCUACUGUAAUAGUUUUAAAAAUUCUGACGCGAUUUUGUGGGAUUAGUUUGUGGUUUUUCGAUACCUGCAGCCAGGAAUAGAUUAAUAACAAAGUUUUGCAUUGCUAAUAGCAACUUUAUAAUAUUUUCAAAAUAUUUUGAAGCGUUUUUAGAGUGCUUUUGUCUUGAUGCCACGAAACUAGCUGUAUUAUUGCGCAAGCCAGAAAUCAGAAUAUUCUGUUAUAAGCCUAUCUGAGUGAAUAGUUUAUCAUUUUUGUCAUAAGGAAGGUCUUAAACAAUACUAGUUGCUAAUCUCUUAGCAAACAGAACGUGUAUGUAUACAUUUUUAAAAUUUUUAUAUCACGUAAUUUUUAUCUUUUCCCCUACAAGCCGCAGAUAUAUUGUAUUACUGACGUAGAUCCCAAGCAAUUACGUGAACGCAUUGUUCAUAAAUAAAGUAAAACUAGACAUAGUUUGCCAGCAUAAAAUUGCAUGAAUGAGUAGUGUUGCCUAUGAGAUCAAUGGUGUUGCCAUAUUUACAUAGAUUAGUGAAUUAUUGCGUUGAUGAGAUAAAUAUAGUUUAGUGCACAAGUUUUGCAAUUCUUUAGUAUAGUUUCUAUUGCUCAGGCAGAUCUAGCCUCGGUGGGGGGGGGGGUUAAUUUUUCUAGGGGUAAUGCCUUCUUCCUUAACUACUGCAAAUGUCAUAAAAAAUGACACAGAAAGCAUAGAGUUUCGACAUCUUAUUGGUACUAACCUAUCCCGGUUAAAUAUUAACCCAUUAAGCUGCAAUGCACCCUAGUAUGUCAUACUUACUUUACUCUGUAUAAUGCCACACAAUUCCAGUGCUGAAAAAAAAUUCGACAGCACCAGCAGCAACACUGCCAGAGAAUUUUUAAUAGCAAGAAAUUUUCUUACAUUCAGCAGGAAAUGUUUCCCAUCAUAUAUAUUCAAAUGCCAUAUCAGGCACAGAUUUUCUGGGGGGUGCGCACCUCCCCCCAGAAAUGAUUUGCACACACCCCCAGAGGCAUUUGGCACCGCCCCCAAAAGUUUUUGCACCCCCACAAAUUAUAUAUAUUUUGAUUUGAUUGUUUCAUAUUUGAUUAUUCUUACUACUAAAUUUGUAAAAUUACCAAUAUUAUGGUCUCAGAUCUUGCCAUGCCGGCCUAGAAAACAAAUUUUGUUAAACUUUUUCCUUGGCCUUUCCGGGUGCUGCCACCAGGCCCCGGCCAAAGCAAGCAGCAGCACUCCCCCCAGAUAUUUAUCCACCCCCGAACGAAAAUAUGAAAAUCCGUCUCUGUGCCAUAUAAUUUGCUUCUUGAUAUAAAAUUCCAAAUGUAUUUUUGAAAUGAAAUUGUCAGGUGUGGAGAAAUUAUUUUACUUCAGACACACAACAGUACACCCCCGGCUGAAAAUCUACAAGCACCUGUGCCAGGUGACAGCAUCACUCUGGAUGCCCCUUCAAUGUAAAUUCUUUAAUGAGCUCCCCAUCUUUAAUAUGACCCGUCUUUAGGGGGGGAGGGAUUCAUUAACCUGCACGACUCUCUAUUAAGCUUAAUUCCAACCCACCAGCUGAGAAACACAUGUCUAGUCAUUAGAUUAUUAUUAUUUCUGAAUAUCAAAGCCUCUGUCACUUGCAAAAAAUAUUACAAAAUAUUUACAAAAAUAUGAUGCAGAAACUGCUAUCCUUACUUCUGUAAAAACCUCUAUCCCAUAAUAUAUGGCAAUUAGUAAAAACUAGUAAAAAUCUAUAAAUAUGAUGCUAUCCUUAUACUUGUGUACAAACCUCUAUCCCAUAAUAUAUGGCAAUUAGUAAAAACUAGUAAAAAUCUAUAAAUAUGAAGCAAUAUAAAAGUUUAUUAAAGGUGAUCUACAGUCCGAUCUGAGCAUGUGCACAAAUGAGCCCACUUUUUAUGAUAAAAACAGUUUAACUAUGUUUUGAGUUCUUGAAAAGCCUGAUUGUUGUUUCUUGAUCAAUUAUUAUACUCUAGAAGCUUGAAAAUAUAAUUAGUUGUCGAAUAAAGCUCAAUAUUUUGGACACAAAAAUGUAAACAAAGGCUUUGUUUACAUACGGACUGUAGAUCACCUUUAAAAAACUCUUUCAAGCAUUCCUUAGAUUUAUCAAUUUGCCUGGUGCCCUGGAUGUUCCUAACUUCCUGUUAGUUUACUGCAUUCUUUCAUUUCUUCUAUUUCCAUGUUUUGGCUAAAUUAGUAAGCCCCCUCUCCACUUAGCUCCCCUCCCCACUAAGUCCCCCUCUCCACUAAGUCCCCCUCUCCACUAAGUCCCCCUCUCCACUAAGUCCCCCUCUCCACUAAGUCCCCUUUCCACUAAGUCCCCUCUCAACUAAGUCCCCUCUCCACUAAGUCCCCUCUCCACUAAGUCCCCUCUCCACUAAGUCCAUGAAAUGGGCUAAAAUAAAUAAGCCCCGCUGGAGACAACUUUGCAUUCUUGUGCUAUCAACCAAAUUUAUGAAAGGUGGGAGGUGUCACCCCUAACCUCCCCCCUUCUUAGACCCCCUAAUAACAUGACAUUUUAUUUCUUACUAGUGGUGAUCCAGACAAACCAUGCUACGAUGGAUCAACCAGUGUCCAUCUUGCAGCGGCGUGCGGUCAAUUCCACUGCUUAGUUUUCCUCACAAAAUUUGGCUCGAACAUCUGGUCUCUGGAUAACCAGUACCACACUCCCCUGGAAGAGGCAGCCGCGCGCGGACAACUGGACUGCGUGCAAUACCUGGACCGCGUUGUGGCGGAGCAGAUGCUGCACCAUCGGGCACGUGCGAACAAGCAGAAAAAAGACGCGGAAAAAAUUGCCAGAAAACGGAUGAAAAAAGUCGAGCGACACCAGAAAAAGCGCGACAAGGAAUACGCCAAGCGAGUGAGGAAACAAAAUGGCGUCAUUGUUAAUGAUAGCAAGGAGAAUGUCCCGAACGAGCAAUGGACUGCGGAGAAGAAUCGUCGGAAUAGCAACAGCAGUAGCGCCGCAAACAGCAGUGGUUUUGAGAGUAUGAGGCGCGCGCAAAGUUUGGAGCAUUUUACGCAAAUCACCGGAAUGAAAGGUGGGAAAAGUUCUGCCCGCUCCGCCCAGAACAAUCGACCCAACAGCGUCCAAGGGUCCUUGCGCAAGACCUUCCUUGGACCGCGGACCAGGUCUGCAAGCGCGUCCUCGAUGAACGGUGGCAAGUCCCGCAGCCUGACUAGUCUGGACAGCGCGAAUAUCAUCCUCCAACCACGGGCCGUCCGGUCUGGGAACGGCAAUUUUGUGGGACGUCCAAAAGACCAGUACCUGGUCCGCUCUUCGGACGGACGAGGGAACAGCUUCACCUCCAUCGAAAACAUGCAGAAAUUCGGAAGUCUGUCCAGUUAUAAUAGUCGUACGUCGACCGCACCAAGUUCGAGGUAUAGCUGGAGCUCAAGCAGGUCGAUGGAUUCCGACGUCGACACGGACAACGACGACGAACUUCAAACGAACGAUCCAAAAUUAGCACCGCUCAUGACUUUUUUGGCUUCACUUAAUUUAGAACAGUUUACAGUGACGAUGAAACGCGAGAGCAUUGAUAUGAAAGCGUUAGCCUUAUGUACUGACAAUGAUUUAAAGUCCGCGGGGAUACCGUUAGGACCUCGAAGGAAGAUUUUGGAGGCGAUAGAACGAAGGCAGAAAGCGUGUGCUGAACCAGGGGCCAUGAUGGACACGCAUUUGUAAGGUGCACACGAACUGUUCUAACAUGAAACACCGCGGUUGGACAGAGUUGGGGGUGCAAACCACGCUACCCCAACAUUCGUGUGCUUUUGGUGGGAGCUAUGUUUAAAGCCAGGGGCCGGUUGUAUAAAACUCUUAAUCACUAUUUUGUAGUUAAAUAGUGAUUAACUCUCAAAUAGGCGCUUCUUAUUGGAUGACGUUUGCACUUAACCAUAGUUAACUUUAAUCACUUUUUUAUACAACCAGCCCCUGGUUUAGUAUCAAAGUUUCUGUGAUCACAGUAGGAAGUGUGCAUAGGUAAAUUUUAAGUUUUGAAGAUUUUGACUCACACUACACAACUUUUGCCUAAAACUGUCGCAUGCAACCUGCUUAUAACUCGAGUUGUACUGUGUAAAUCAAGCACACAACUCGUCUACGUUGUCGUGGGUCAGUUGUGUGCUUGAUUUACACAGUACAACUCGACUUAUAAGCAGGUUGCAUGCGACACGCCGACAUUUUUAGGGAAGUUUUCAAAACAUAGAAUUUACCUAUGCAAAAUUCCUACUGUGAUCACAGAAACUUUGAUAGUGUAAGGGGCGGACCAUUAGAAAUCCCGGGAGGGGGGGUGAAAAUUCCCAAAAAAAAAUUCGUGCAAAGAAAAAUGCCUGGAAAAAAAAUUCGUGCAGCCAUUACGUCAGAGAAAAAAAAAUUCGUGCAAGCAAACAGCAAAGUCAUGGGCGUACCGUGCAGUUGGCAGUCGGGUAAUAUUCGCUGAACAGUCGGGCAAUUUUAGUUUAUUAAAAAAAAAAAAUUUGACAAAUUCUGUCAAUUUUGUGGUAACUUUUGGUAUGUGGUAUGUCUGGAAAAAAUUUUUGACCCCUAAAAUGGUACACUGACCGAAAUUUUUUUUGGCGACGGGGGGGGGGUCGCCAUGAGCAAAGUACAAGUAGUCUUGAAAAAAAAUUCGUGCAGAUGUUAAGUGCAUUCCUGCAGACACAUGAGACUGAAAAAAAAAUUCGUGCCGCAAAAAUUUUAUACCCCCCCUCCCGGGAUUUCUAAUGGUCCGCCCCUAAACUAUAGCUUUAUGACGUGUUAAGUAAACACUGAGGACUGUUUUUUUUCACCAUGCCAAACACACGAACGUUGGGACAAUAUGCAUACCCGACUACUGCAUGUGUCUACCGUAUGACGACUCUUAUAAAGAAACAUCAAGAAACGAGACGGGUGUAUCAUAUAAUGUAUCAUAGAUUACAUCUAAGGGUGAAUAGAACAGUCGCUCAAAAAAAUAUUGUCAUACCACCAUGUUUGAAACUCUCAUGUUUGGAAAGAGCAUUUUACAUUAUGAUCUAACCAGCCAAUCACGUUGAACUAGCUGAUUGGUUGAACAUUGAGUUUCAAAUGUGCUGAAUAUAAACAAUGUCUUUUUCUGUGAUUGUACGUUUUUAGAUGCAUGCAAGAUAUACAAACAUUUUUAGAUAUAUUCGUCUAAUUUAUCAUAUUAUAUAUAACAUUCAAGCGACGUUUAACCCGCUCUUUAUAAUAGACUGUACAUAGUAUUCAUUCUGGAGUUUUUAGAAGACUUUUUAACACGCACGAGCCAAUAUUCUGCACGUUUUACGUGUUAGCCUGUUUAAUUGACACAAUGAAAUUUGGAAACGAACGCUUUAAUUGCUAUACUGGCAAAGUUGAGCAAAUUAUUUUAACGCUUUCUAUUAAUAAAAGCAAUAUGUAUUGUAAUUAUAUAUAGAAUAUAUAAUAAAGGUUUUAUAAACC